AGUACACAAUUCUUUAUCACUCUUAAAGGCCAAAAUCACUAAUCAGAUCAAUGAACUGACGACUUUUCUUUCACCAAAUCACAACAUGAAAUUAUCUCUCUCUUUACCCCUCCGACCAUCUCCUUCACCUUUCACAGCUCAUACUCAUACUCAUACUCAUAAUCUCCCUUUCAAGAUCCCCACAAAUUAUCCUCCAUUUCUACUUCCUGUUAUCAAAUGUUCUAGUUGGCCUAAUCUUAAGGCCAUUGCUAAAAAGAGGAAAAAAGGACUUGAAGAUUUAAGUGAUGAACUUUAUAAGUUUUCUUCUUUUAAUCUUGAUCAUGCUCCUGCUCGCAGACAAGUCCGAUCUGCUUUCAUUGAUUUUCAUCAGAAGCUUGAUCAUGUCUUAUUUAAGUUUGCUCCUCAUGGGAUCAGAACAGAGGAGUGGUAUGAGUUAAACUCAAAAGCACAGGAGAUUUUUUGUAAGAGCUGGUUGCCAAAAGAAGGAGAUCAAAUCAAAGGUCUUGUUUGCUUUUGUCAUGGAUAUGGUGAUACGUGCACGUUUCUAUUUGAAGGUAUUGCAAGAAGAAUUGCCGGUUCUGGAUAUGCAGUAUAUGCUGUGGAUCAUCCUGGCUUUGGUCUAUCUGACGGAUUACAUGGUUACAUUUCCAAUUUCGAUGACCUAGUUGAUAAUGUGAUAGAGCAGUAUGCAAAAAUUAAAGAAAGGCCAGAGUUGCAAGGUCUGCCUCGUUUUAUCUUUGGGCAGUCGAUGGGUGGCGCAGUUGCAUUAAGAACACAUCUCAAAGAGCCCGAUCAAUGGGAUGGAAUGAUUCUUGUUGCUCCUAUGUGUAGAGUUGCAGAGGAAGUGAUGCCUCCUGCUGCAGUAUUACAAGUUGCAAAUAUCUUGGCUAAUGUUAUUCCAGAAGUCAAAUUCUUUCCAACCAAAGACUUAGCAGAGCUUGCAUUCAGAAACUUGAAGUACAGAAAACUGGCUUACUACAACAUGAUCUGUUACUCUGAUCGUGUGCGACUAAAGACUGCAAUGGAGAUUUUAAGGGUCACAAGAGAAAUUGAAUCAAAUGUUAACAAGGUCCGUUCUCCACUGUUGGUUAUACAUGGAGCAGCGGAUAUGGUGACAGAUCCAAACGUAAGCAAAUUUCUUUAUGAAAAAGCAUGUAGUAAGGAUAAGACAUUGAAACUAUACAAAGGAGGUUAUCAUUCCAUUCUUGAAGGUGAACCUGAUGAUACCAUUUUCACUGUUUUUGAUGAUAUUGUUCAAUGGCUAGACGCAAGAUGCUCCUCUUGAUUGAAUUUUUUCGUCAUUUGCUCGAACCCUGCCAGUCUUUUAUGGUAAAAACCCUUCUCUAGAGUUAUCAUUCAUAAUCAAAUUUACUUUUAUGAUAACUUUAACAUGUACUUGUUUUCAUUCAAUUAUGUGAAUUGAUGUAGAAUAACUAAGAAUUGGCUUCAUGUAGAGAAAUUAUCGAAUUUGAGACACGCCCAAGUGCUGUCAACAUAUAACCCAUUGUUUUUUAAACCGAAUAAAAUCGAAAUAUCUUGUAUCGAUUGUAAUUUCUAUGUCUCAAAUACCUGAGCCCGCCCAUAACUGAUAUGAUAAUGGUUUACAUUUUUCCAUCUUUUUUCUUUUCAUCCAUACAAACUGUGCCUUGUAGUAUGUUUUAUAAAUCAUGUGUAUGAUUUUACAAUUUAGUAAUAGAAAUCAAGGGAGCUUAUGCUGUUCACAUAAAGAUAAAGGUCAAUUCUGAGCUGAGGGAGAAAUCAAGAAAAUGAAUCAAGGGAAAGGACAUACAUAAUGGUCUCAAUUCUUGUAUAUGGUCCCUUUUUUUUUUUUUUUUUUUUGUAUGAAACCACAACAUUCCACUUUCAACAGUCAACACCAAGAAAAUGAAAGAAAGCAUAAUGACAACAGGAUCCACAAUAUUCAACUGCUAUUUGUUUGAUGAUGGCAAUUGGCAACAAGUAAAAUAUUCCAUUCCACUUGAAUCCAUAAUACUCGUACUAUUUUAGCUUGAUAUGAGUAUUUGGGAAAUAAUCGGUUAAUAGCAACAUGUUAGUUUUUCAAUUUUAUAAAUAGGGACAUCUCAAAAAUUUUAGAGGCGAGAAAAAAAUAUUAUAGGCCCUUAAGAAAUAAAAGUUUUUCAAUUAUUUUAUAUAUACCAAGACUGUUAAAU